AGGGCUGGGGCAUUGCUGGGAGACCCUUGUCACAACAGACAGGACUUCAAAGAGGAACAGCUGGCCUGAGGCUGCUACUGAGAAGUGUGAGUGGUAAGAAGACAGGGAGACAGACAAGAGGAGCUGAACGUGUGAUACAGCACGAGAGAGGGCAGUAGAUGGAGACAAAGUUUGGAUUCAGAAUAAAGAGAAAGUGAGAAAAACAGAGGCUGUAGAGGAGAAGGAGCAGAACAGAUAGGAGAUCCAGAGAAGUCAGGACAGAAGCGGACGUCCCCCGGACACAACCUUUCUCUCUUAUCCGGAGCAUGGUGGCAGAGUGCACAUGGAUUUAGUCGACCUCUACCUCCCAGAGUGUUUCACCUACCACUCUGACACAGAACACCUGGGCAGGAUGUCAGUGAGGGGCUUGGACCCCACCUGUCCCACCUCGAUAAAGUGUGAGCCCUCCAGCCCGAGCCCCAGCUCCCAGGGAGACGUCAGCCCGGCCCAGCCCAGCCCUGGAAGCUCCUCGUCGGACACAAACUCAAGCUACGGGCCCCUGACAAAUAAGGUCCUCGGCCACAUCAAUGCGCUGGACACCCCCAGCCUCUACGGUCACACGCCGGCGUUGGCCAACAAUGGAGGAACAAACAGGAGGUUCAUUGAAGAAGAGAGCCAAGUGAAGUGUGAGUUCAUGCUGGGCACGGUGGCCAAGCGGCUGUGUCUGGUGUGCGGUGAUGUGGCCUCAGGCUACCACUACGGCGUGGCGUCCUGUGAGGCCUGCAAGGCGUUCUUCAAGAGGACCAUCCAGGGUAACAUUGAUUACAGCUGCCCAGCGUCCAAUGAAUGUGAAAUCACCAAGAGGAGAAGGAAAUCCUGCCAGGCCUGUCGAUUUGUGAAAUGUCUGGGCGUGGGCAUGUUGAGAGAAGGUGUGCGUCUGGACCGGGUGCGAGGCGGCAGACAGAAGUACAAGCGGAGAAUAGAUGCAGAGAACAGCCCUUAUCUGCACCCACAGAACGCCCUGCCCCAGAAAAAAACAUUCUCUAUCGGCGGCGUGGUGGAGAACAAAGUGGUGUCUCUGCUGCUGGUGGCCGAGCCCGAGGGCAUCUUCGCCAUGCCGGACCCCACUGUGCCCGAGAGCGACAUCAAGGCGCUCACCACCCUGUGCGACCUGGCCGACAGGGAGCUGGUGGUCAACAUCGGCUGGGCCAAACACAUCCCAGGCUUUCCCUCCCUCUCACUCGCAGACCAGAUGAGUCUACUGCAGAGCGGCUGGAUGGAGAUCUUGAUCCUGCGAGUGGUGUUCCGCUCGCUGGCCUUGGAGGACAAGCUGGUGUACGCCGAGGACUACAUCAUGGACGAGGAGCAGUCGAAGCUGGCGGGCCUGCUCGACCUUAACAACGCCAUCCUGCAGCUGGCGAAGAAGUACAAAACUAUGGGGCUGGAGAAGGAGGAAUUUGUGGUCCUCAAGGCCAUCGCACUCGCCAACUCAGACUCCAUGCAGAUCGAGGACUCAGAGGCAGUUCAAAGACUCCAGGACGUCCUCCACGGGGCCCUCCAUGAUCACGAGGCCACCCACCACCCAGAGGACCCUCGACGCGCCGGCAAACUGAUCAUGACCCUGCCCCUUCUCCGUCAGACGGCCGCCCGUGCAGUCCAGCACUUCUGCAGCAUCAAACAGGAUGGCCGCGUGCCUAUGCACAAACUGUUCCUCGAACUGCUGGAGGCCAAAGCCUGACCUGAGCACAGACAGUGAUCAGCAAAGUGAAGGAUAACGGGUAACGGUGGGGUGUGACGCCAUGUAUUUGUCCAUUUCAGCUUGCAUUUGAAAGUAAGGUUUUGAAUUUGCAGAAAGCAGCUGGAAUAUAUUUUUAGAGCCACACCCCUCCAACCCCCAAUGAGCGUUUGGAAAAGCAGUCAUAUUUGCAUUUAGUGUCUUGACGCCAUUGGACGUUUGUUAUCUGUGCUGUCUCGUGACACUAAUCUAAGCUGCAUCGAAGGCCGAUGGCAGAUGACCAGACAGCGUAAAAGCAGGAGAAAUCGCCUUCUAGAGAUAUUUACAGUUACAUGCCAAAAGUAGAGCUUCUUUUGUCAAAAGACCACCUGAUACUUGAAGAUCCUUGUGGAUUAUUUCAUCCAUCUUGAAGCCUGUUAAUAUGCAUUCUAGUGCAUUUAGAGCCUUUAUUGUAUAGAAAAGGGAAACAGAGGUUCAGUAAGGCUACAUCCACAUUGCUACGUUUUCAUUUUAAAAAGCAUCAAGUCUGCUACGGUUACGCCCGGCAUCCACACUACUGCAGAGUUUUAAAAUGGGGAGUUUGGAAAUACUGCUUACCCCGUUUUAGCUUGAAAACUCCCGUACUGCAUUUUAGCAUAGACAAGCAGGAACAGAGAGUUUCGGAAACAAUGACGUAGACAUUCACAUGUCUUUUCGGUCAUGCCGUAGCCUUCGCUGAUUGGUCAGGCUCCUAUCACAUGACCUUCUCCUAUAAGAAAACAUUUAGCAUUAGCCUCGGCUACCAGUGUGGAACACAACAUAGAAAAUCAACCACAAGCUUACCCUGUUGUCUUUGCUAACAGCAGAUACAAUUUUAGAAGACAAACUAUUAUUCAUUAUACUAAGCGGGACGCGCUUGCCUUCUUGUGAACACCAGCACGUAUAUGCCCAGUGGUCACGUGAUGUGCGUUUUGAGGCAUGUUAUCAAAGAUUAAAUCUUUAAUGGAGUGAAAAUGCUCUUGUGGACAGAGGUUGUUUGAAAACGUAGCAGUGUGGAUGUAGCCCAAGUCUUGCCAAAGAGUAAAGACUCGUACUAUUGAAUAAUACCAGCAAACGUCCACAACAUUAUAAUGUGGCCUGUAAGACAUUCACAUAACCUGCAUCCCUGCUCUAUCGUGCAUUGCAAAAAUAUCUAUCCAGUCUCUGCAUUCAUAUAUAUAGAUGAUCAAACGGGAGGGGCUGAGCUAUCAGCGUCUCAUAUAACACAAUAAUCGGCCUCCUGUUCAGGGAACGAGUACGUAACAUGUCAUAAUAAAACGGUACAACAGUAAUGUGAUAUUUAUUUAAAAGUGGCUCUAUUCUUUUGCUUUUUUUUUUUUUUAUUAACUAUUGUGGCAUUAAUAUAACAAAGAGUAGAUUAAAGCAAUUACAGUGGAUGAUAAUUUUUUUAAGAUUUUUAAAUGAUAUCGUUGUAAGAUAAUUUUUUUACUAGCUUCUCUGCUGCAGCACUGAUAUCUACGUGUACCAUAUCAUUAAGAAUCGAGACUACAUGAUUAUAAGUGGAGUCUGUACUUGAACUUGAAGAUCCAUAAUGUCGUAGGGAUGUGUAGACCCAUAGAUAUAACUUUAACUAUGUAAUAAAAUGGCUGCCAUACUGUAUAAUCUGGAUUUUGGGAGGCGCUCUGUGUCCAUUCUAAGGUAGAAAUCGAUGUGUAGUAUGAAAUUUGUGCACUAUUUUUGCUUUUAGUCACAACGUUUUGGGGUAAACUGGUGAUGGCGCUGUGCUAACCUAGUGUGUUUUGUGUGAAGAGUAGUUCUAUAAGAAAAUGUGUCCUUUUUCUGCACAUAUUAAAUGAAGGGAUUAAACUCGGAAGGAAGGAAUCUCAGUAUAAUUCAACAAAUAGCUGCGCUCCUUAUUUUACUCCUCAAUGCAAAGUACUGUCACUAUAACGUACAUAUUUUUUGAUGAGCGCAGUGAUAUGGCAGUUUUAAAUGUAUGUUCUGUACAUUUUGCUGUAUAUACGUCAUGUCCUAUGCCAACAGAGAUGUUUAAAGAUGCAAAUAAGCUUUGUUUUGGAUGAGUUGUGCCGUGCUAUUUCAUUCUCAGGUGGAUUCUUGGGCAAUAAAGAUGUUCCCCAUAAUGAAAAGCUCA